AUGCCGGGGAUCGAUGGCGAUGGUAGAGCCCUGAAAGAACAAUCUUCCCAGAUUAAUAAUGCCACCCCUCCCCCUCGACCCACAGUCCGCGACUGGUGGAGGACGGAGAAACCCGGGGGCGCCAUCUCUCGUAAGGUAACUGUUGCCCCUUCGCGUACCCAGGUCUCCGUCACACAAGCCAGGUUGACCCCCUGCGAGGUAAAGAAAUCUCGCAGAGUGGCGGUUUUGUUGCCUAUAGACCUGGCAUUGCACAACACCAGUGACGGAG